GAAUCGUUCUUCCCUUCACGGCAUCGGCAUCACUAAUACUAACUGUUCCCUACCGUUAAGGUUCACCGUUUUUCUUUAUUGGAGUAAACAAUUGUUUUCAAAAUGCUGCCACUAUCCCUUCUUCGGACGGCGCAGAACCACCCGAUGCUAGUUGAACUAAAAAAUGGGGAAACAUACAAUGGACAUUUGGUUAGUUGUGACAAUUGGAUGAACAUUAACCUUAGAGAAGUUAUCUGCACUUCCAGGGAUGGUGAUAAGUUUUGGCGAAUGCCCGAGUGCUAUAUUAGGGGCAGUACAAUUAAGUACCUACGGAUACCUGAUGAAGUCAUAGAUAUGGUGAAAGAAGAAGUAGUUAUUAAAUCUAGGUCAAGAAGUGAAAUGAAAGGUGGUCGAGGAGGACAAAGAAAUAGAGGAGGCCAACGAGGAGCUUUUGGUGGACGUGGUGGACGACCUGGUGGCUCUCUUGGUCGAGGUGGUGCAAGCAUGGGAAGAAACCCUCCAAAAAACAAAAAUAAAUAAUUUUUUUAGACUUAAAAAAUUGUACAUAUUCCAAGUAUAUACACUUUUAAAACACAA